AUGGAUUCGCCGAUUUCGGGAUUCAUCGCCGAGGCGGUCCUGCAACGGUUAGAAUCGCUGGUCUUCCAACACCACAGACCGAAAUUCUGGACCCGGUAUGUGGAUGACACCUUCGUAGUCAUCGAACGGGAUCAGGUGUUGACAUUCCAAGAACAUCUCAACGCCGUCUUCCCGGACAUUCAAUUUACGAUGGAGGAGGAAGAGAACAACGAGUUGGCCUUCCUGGAUGUCCUCGUAUGCCGCAAAGAUUGUGGUGAACUAAAAACCAAAGUGUUCAGGAAAGCGACAAAUACGAUGCAAGUACUGAACUUCAACAGUAACCACCCACUCAGCCACAAACGCAGUUGUGUAAGGACGCUCUAUCGGCGUGUCGAAACGCACUGCAGUGAGCCGGAAGACAAAAUUGCCGAACUACAAUACCUCCGACGGGUCUUCAAAGCCAAUGGCUACCCGCGCAACUUCGUCAACCGGUGCAUACGCAAAAGGGACGAAAGGCCUAACCGCACGGACACCAAAUCUUGGCGGGCACUUCCGUAUGUCAAGAACGUUUCGGAAGCUGUCGGCCGCCUUCUCGCGCCACUUGGGGUUGGAGUGUCACACAGACCGGAGGCAACCAUCAGGCGUCUGGUCAUGAAACCGAAAGACCCACUGCCACGGCUAGAAACGUCUUUAGUCGUUUAUCGGAUCUGGUGCAGUUGCGGACAAAGCAACUGCGUCGGAGAAACUGGAAGACAGCUCCGAACGAGAAUGGCCGAACACGCGGCAGCGGUGCGCAGAAAUGACGCCAGCUCUCAAGUUGCGGCUCAUUCGACGAGAUCCGACCACACAUUCAAAUUCGAUGAGGCCGAAAUUCUCGCAAGAGGUGACAACCGCGUGAGCCGGGAGCUGCUUGAGUCAUGA